AUGGACCUGAUUCCAAACUUUUCCACAGAAACAUGGGCACUGCUGGCUACCAUCCUGGUGCUCCUCUACCUGUAUGGAACCUCUUCUCAUGGACUUUUUAAGAAGCUGGGGAUUCCUGGCCCCAAACCUUUGCCUUUUGUUGGUACGAUGCUUAACUAUAAGAUGGGCAUAUCACAAUACGAUAUAGAAUGCCAUAAAAAGUAUGGAGAUAUAUGGGGGAUAUAUAAUGGGCUGGUCCCUGUGCUGAUUAUCACAAAACCAGAUAUGAUCAAGAAUGUGCUAGUGAAAGAAUUUUAUUCUAGCUUCACAAAUCGACAGUCUAUUGGUCCACCUGGAUUUAUGAAAAAAGGUAUAGUAAGAUCUGAGAAUGAAGAAUGGAAAAGAAUUCGAUCAUUGCUGACACCAACCUUUAGCAGUGGAAAACUGAAGGAUAUGUUCCACAUCAUCCAAGAGUAUGGAGAUGUGCUGGUGAAAAACAUGAGUCGGGAAGUAGAGAAGGGCAAGAGUGUUACCAUGAAAGACAUCUUUGGGGCCUACAGCAUGGAUGUGAUCACUGGUACCUUAUUUGGAGUGAAGGUGGAUUCCCUCAACAAUCCCCAGGAUCCCUUUGUGAGAAACACCAGAAAGCUUUUUGUAAUUGAUUUUUUCAAUCCAUUGGCUUUCUCUCAAGCACUCUUUCCAUUCCUUUCCAGAAUAUAUAACAAAUUAAAUGUCUGCAUGUUUCCAAGUGAUGCUACAUCAUUUUUUAAGAAAUUUAUAGAAAAGACCAAAAAAGAUCGACUUGAAAAUACCCAAGAGCACCGAGUGGAUUUUCUUCAGCUGAUGAUGGACUCCCAGAAUUCCAAGGACAUGGAGUCCCAUAAACCUCUUUCUGAUCUGGAGAUCCUGGCCCAAUCAAACAUUUUUUUUGCUGGCUAUGAGACAACAAGCACUGCUCUUUCCUUUAUUACGUAUUUACUGGCGAUUCACCCCAAUGUUCAGAAGAAACUUCAGAAUGAGAUUGAUACAGACCUGCCCAAUAAGGCACCUGCCACUUAUGAAGCCCUGGUAGAGAUGGAAUAUCUGGACAUGGUGGUGAAUGAAACUCUGAGAUUAUACCCAGUUGCUAACAGGGUUAACAGGCUCAGUAAGAAAGAUGCUGAAAUCAAUGGUGUGUUCAUUCCCAAAGGGACACAGGUGAUCAUACCUAUCUAUGUUCUUCACCAAGACCCAAGAUACUGGCCAGAGCCUGAGAAAUUCCGUCCUGAAAGGUUCAGCAAGGAGAAUAAAGACAGAAUCAAUCCUUAUACAUAUCUGCCUUUUGGAUAUGGUCCUAGAAACUGCAUUGGUAUGAGGUUUGCUCUCAUUAACAUGAAGCUUGCUAUUGUCAAAAUCCUGCAGAACUUUUCCCUACAUCCUUGUGAAGAAACAGAGAUUCCCCUGCUUGGUGAACUCAACCUUCUUGUACCCCAGCAGUAGCUCCCCAUUUGUGUACCUCACCAGACAUCCGGGCAGGUGAUGAGAGGGCCAUCAGACUCCACAGCAAAUCAUAUAGACCACAACAACUCAACAAGAAAUGGAGCUUUCAGGAAUUUAUAAUGAAGAAAUAACCAACCAAAGGGGAAGGAACAGAGAUGAGAGAGGAUGCCAACCAAAUGGUGCUUACAAACUAUGCUAGGAAACAGGCAACAUCCAUUGGGGCUUUAGGGAGCAUCAGUUAACACCACCCCACCACAAACACUGGUCUGGGGAAAACUGGUGUUAAUCUCUUUGCAUUGAUAUGAACAGAUGUUAGGGUACAGUAUAAAGUGGGGAGUUUGAAACAAAAUCCUUAAUUUAGUUUAAUAAAACAAUACUUUCAGAAACAUAAAGGAUUCAAGGUGGUAAGGAAGAUUCACUUCCUAUCUGCUUCACCCUAUCUGAGCUAUCUCCAGUCGACUUUGUUGCUCAGAACUUUAGGAGGAGGGCCCAUGAACAAAGAAAAGAUUGUCAUAUCAUUCUCCAUACCCACUCAUAAAGUUAAUGAGUGGAAUAGGGUGGCCCCGUGUACAGGUGAGUAGGAAGGCUCAACAGUGGAAAAUUCUUCCUUGAUCUAGGUAGCCUUCCUGCUCAGCACUUGUCAUUCACAUUUAUCUUGCCUAUAGGAAGAAACCCUACCUUAGACUUAUGAUACCACAAAUUUUUCUCAAAAACUUUGCCAAUACAGAGAACUGCUACCCAAUCUACUCAGUGUGGUAUGACAAGAACUUUUGGAACUUCCUAGCAGGCUCUCUUGGGGAACUCUGGGAACACUGGUUUUUGUUUAGGGAAAAGCUCUGUAACUUGCGUUGAACUGGUGAAUAAUCCACACUUGAUCAUUCCAUGUGCUGGCCCAUCUCCUCGUGGGUAGUUUGGCCCAGGCUGCACCGAAAAACUCAAAAAGCAUCAUGGCUCUCCACAAAGGAUUCCAAGAGGGAGGUCUGGACGUCAGG